AAAAAUUCCAAUUUCCAAUAUCAUCAGGAUUCCAAAAAGUUUGUAAACAAAAUUAGCUAACGGAAAAUCCGAAAUUUAAAUGUAUCGAUGUUUACUGGUCACGAUCUUAACUUCAAGUAAUCUCCGUAUCAAGGUGACCUUUCCCGACCCCCGAUCGAUCCAAAUAAAUGGACGAACAAUUUUUUCGUUCUUAUAAACAAAAAGUUCAAUUUGAUCAAAAGUCGCGCUUUCGCCUGAGAAUUGGAGAGACAGAUGGAGUUAGUUGAUCGUCGUUGAGAAAACUCAACUUGUCAAAAGUUGAGAGUUUUAAUUUGAUCAACAAUUGGGAUUUUAUUAAUUUCGAUUUGAUUUUUAGUUUUUGCUUUUCAAUUAUUCUUAUGUUGUUUAAUUGUUUGCUUUUGAGUUUGUGUUGUUCUGUGAUAUUUAUUGGUGAAAAUCUCUAAGUUUAGUUUAGUCGGUUGAUCAGUUUCUCUUCAUGGCUGAGAAAAGUGUUUGUUUCGUUCAUCAUGAUGGUCGCCAUUUGUUACUUUUAACCUUCUUUUUUCAAUUGGUUCUUUUUUCUAUAAAUUUACAAUCAUGUUAUGGAUUUGUUACCAUGUUUGCUCCGAUCAAUACUCUUGGUUUAUCGGGAAACAUUACCUUUAGACAGGAGAAUAGUGAAUCGAUAACUAAUGUUGCCAUUUAUUUGUCGCCCGUUCAACCAAGAGAAACUUCAAUCAAUUAUAAAUGGAAAAUAAUGUCCAAUCCUUAUUAUUUUGGUUCACCUUGUUCAGAGGAUAAUUUGGGUCGACCAAUUCAAGAUAUGUCCACGAAACAUGGACCUAUUCAAGUUGUUUCUCCAAAUCUUGGUGGAAUUCAAAGUUAUCCUGAUCAGGAUUUAUCUCUAUUUGGUCGUAAUAGUAUUUGGUUAUCUUCAAUUAUUAUUCAACAAGAAGGUGGACCAGUUGGUUGUUCCAAUAUUUUGUUAGAAGGAUCAACUCGAACAGCUCAAGCACAAUUUUUAGGACCAACUUUUAGUGGUACUAUUACUGUUAGAGAAAAUGAGAAUAAAGAAACAGUUAUUUUAAGCCAAUUAACUUACACUGAGAACGAUUUUAGAACCAAUUCUCAACAUGAUUGGAAAAUAUUGGUUGCUGAUAUUUUGGAUACUCGACCAAAUACCGAUGCUAAAUGUCACUAUUUAGAUACACUACUUGAUGGUAAUGAUGCAUCAAGUGAUCAAUGUUCAACCGUUGAUCAUGGUAAUUGUAAAAUUGGUGAUUUAACCAAGAAACAUGGACAGAUUACAAUUUAUAGUGACAAUGGACGUGGUGUUAAACAAAAGUUUAUCGAUUCCAAUUUACCUUUGGAAUAUUUAGAAUCAACCAGGCCAACAUAUUUUGUUAUCUUUGAGAAAAACAAUCCCAACAUGUCACUGGCCUGUGCUCUUAUUUCACCAGUGGCACAGAAACAGGUCAAGGCCAAUUUUGACAUGGACGGAGUUAAGGGUUACAUUGGAUUCAGUCAGACUUUCAAUACUGAUCCAACCAUAGUUACUGUUAAUCUUCAAAAUUUAAAAGGUCGUGGUGACUUUUUAAAGAUUCAUCAGUUUCCCGUGAGCCCAAGACUUAUGGCUGGAGAAAAUAUUUGCGCUGAAAAUGUUACUGGAACAGUUUACAAUCCUUUCAAGUAUCGGAAAAACACCAAACCAGGUCAAGGGUCAAAUGAUCAAUAUCAAGUUGGUGAUCUAAGUGGUAAAUAUGGACCAUUGACCAAUCAAGAUGAAAAUGGUAACGUUUUCGGUGUCCAUGUUGACCUUAAUCUACCCUUGUUUGGCCGUCAUUCGAUCAUCGGUCGAUCUUUGGUAAUACACAAAACCGAUGGAGAAGCUUGGAUUUGUGCCACCAUUGGUUAUCCGGGAGCUGUUACCACGGCGGUAGCAACUUUCCACUCUCCCGUUGUGGGUAGCAUUAUUUUCCGACAAAUGGCUCAAACACCGGGAUCUGAUACAACAGUUUUCGUUGACCUUUCAUAUUCAGCUGAAUCAAUUAAUGACACCACUAAUCAUGCUUGGCACGUACAUGUUUCACCUCCCGGUGCUGAUUGGCGUAACUGGACAGCUCGAUGUUUAUCAACCCAAGGUCAUUAUAAUCCAAGUCAAGUGGGUGUAACCACAAGGUACAACAACUGUAAUCCCAAUAAUCCUUAUCGGUGUAAACUUGGUGACCUUACCGCUAAGGCGGCAGAAAGAAUCUCCAUCGCAGGUCACAAAGGUUCAAAGUUGGUUAAACUUUUCUAUACUGAUCCUGCUCUACAUUUAUAUGGAUCCUACUCAAUUAUUGGUCGGUCAGUUGUGAUUUAUGAUGAAAACGGGCCACAGCAACGGGGAAAUCGCUUAGCCUGUGCACCAAUCAAACAAGUUCAUCCACUUACAGCGGCAACCAGAUCAUGGCGAUGUGCAAACGCCUUAUCCCCAGUAUCGGGUUACUUACUUUUCCAUCAGAAUACUCAACUUGAUGGGACAUCGGCUAUAAUUGAAUUGGAAGGACUGAAUAAACUUGCCGGUGGAUUUCAUGUCCACGAAGUAUCUGUACCAAUAGACCGUGAAUUUCCUUGCUCUAUGGACUCUACUCUUGGUCACUUUGACCCACUUUUAGUUGGAACCAACAUAUCUCAUUAUCCUGGAGUUGGUUCAUCUGACCAAUACGAGAUUGGUGAUAUUUCGGGUAAAACGGGUACACUUAAUGAACUUGAAAGUUACCGACAUGAAUACAUUGAUUACAAUUUACCACUUUUUGGAGUUAAUUCAAUCGUUGGUCGAUCAAUAGUUAUUCAUAAAGCGGAGAAAAAUGACCGUUGGGUUUGUGGGUCAAUUAGAGCAGAAGUGAAACGAAAUGAAGGGAAAGAAAUAGUCGCUUUAGCGUCGUUUCAUGAUCCAAGAAGUUUAAUCAUUGGUUACGUUAGAUUUAGACAAUUUCAAUACAUCGAUGGAUCCACAAGUGAUACUUGGAUCGAUGUUGACCUCCGACAUGCAGGAAAAUAUAAUCGUAACAUUACCAAUGGUCAUAGAUGGGAAGUCUAUGUUAACCAAGUAGGGGCUGAUGCUUUUCAACCAACUGAAUCUGUCCGAUGUGUCGCUGGAGGCUAUCGUUGGGAUCCUCAGUUGAAAAAUGCCGAUGCUCCACUUUACCGACAAUAUUGUACAAAAGCUAAUCCACUUCGUUGUCAACUUGGUGAUCUAAGUGGACGAAAUGGUUACCUUGAAAUUGGUGGUAAACGGAGACUAUUUACCGAUAUUAAUUUACCUUUAAUUGGACCUGAUUCGGUUGUUGGUCGUUCACUUAUUAUUUUCAGACAAAACGACGGUGAAACAAAAAUGGCCUGUGCCAAUAUUGGACUGGAUGUUCAUCAUGAAUUAACAGUUUCCAUGCAAAGUAAUCCAACUUUUACCGUAGCAAAGUUCAUGGAUUAUACUAGAAAUCAGUUAAGAACAACUGAAUGGCAGGUCGUCGCUGAUACGCAAUCACAUGCAGUCAUUCACGAUGGUGAUUGUAUCACAUUAACUGUUCACUUUUAUGGACCAUCUGCAUUUCGAUUACAAAAUUCAUUCAGUAAUCUUAUGAUUUUUGGAACUACUGAACAUCAAGAUGAUCAGGGUAACGUUUUCACGAUAAAAACCCCAUAUAAAUCAUGUAAUCCUUUAAUUUCCGAAGCCACUGCCUCUAGAGCAAAUCCUGGUACUUACUUAUCUUACCUGGGACUAAUCGCAGCAGUGAUUGGAUUAACAGUUGGAUUAGCAUUUAUACUCAGAAAAAAAUUCUAAACGAUUAAUUCGGAGCAAAAUUAAUUAUUCGGAUUUCCAAUUACAAUAAUUACAACUCCAUGUAUAAUUAACUAGUCGCCAUUGGAUUUUAUUUUUUAAACCCUUCCCUUGUUUUGUACUUAAUGAUGAAAUUGAUUAACUAUUCUCAAGCAAUUUAAAGUGCUAAUCAAAAUUUUUAAUCUGUGAUAUAUGUAAAUUAAUUGCAUCUUACUCUAUGUGUAUACAAAAUGAUUAUUUUAUCAAUAUAAAUAAACCUCGUCAAAUAGAA